CUCGGUACAUUUGAACUACCGCAAUUAUUUUGACCAAAAAGCGGCAGAUUAUCGCGAUUUAACUCAUUUAAAUCCACUAAUUUAAGGCAUUCAAAUCCACAGAUUCUCGCGAUAUCGAUCGAAUAUUUGACAUUUCCUGUCGAAAUGUCAAACAGACGUCGCAGUAAACAAAAUGCGGUUAUCGAUUAUUUACGAUUUUGACGUAGAAUUGUUUGUUCUGUGUUUUAAAUGUAAUUAAAAACAGAAAACGGUCGCGCUAAGAUGGCAAACUCGAUGCAAGGGGUGUAUUCCCCGUUGCCGCAAAACCUCAGCGAUUCCGACUCCGAGAAGGAAAUAACCAUGGAACCUGUUUGUGGUGGGAAUAAUUCCUUAAAAAGCAGCAGUUUCGAUAGAAAAGCGUAUAGAAACAAUGGUCACCUGAAUUUCCACAACAUGACUGAGGAUGUGUUAAAGAUUAAGAGGGUAAACCCUAAAAUGACAACGCUGCGUAAGACGGCGUUUGUUUUUUCUAUAUUGCUUUGUUUUCUGCCUGUCAUUAUAUUCUUGUGGGUUCUACCCUGCUCUGAUUCAGAAACAUGCCCAAUUAAAAUAUCGAAUUGGGAGUUCCAGCAGGAGAAUAUUGAGCUAAAGGGAAAAGUCAACGUUGUACAUGGUCUCUUUAAAAACAACCUAAACUUGGCCAUAUUGUACAAAGGCUGUAAAUUAUCGGAAAACACCAAUAACGGACUGAUAUCUCUAUUGGGUUCCACGGGGGCUGUAGCAUGGGAUUUUCAUCAGGAACCAGAUCCGAUCACAAUGAAUUGCUCUGUGAUAGAUGCAGAUGGAAAUGGUUUGAACGAUUGUUUGGUUUUGGAUGAUAAAGGUUUAAAAGCUAUUGAAACUAUAUCUGGUACUGUUAUUUGGCAUGUACACAGUCACGAGUCUAAAAUGGCAAUAAGCGAACUAAGCAGCCCUGUGAAAUUAGUUGACUUGAAUAAAGAUGGCAUUACAGAGUUUAUAACUGUGUAUCAAGGUAAAAGUUUUUUAAUUGUUUGUGGUAGAAGUGGGAAAGCUUUGAGAAAUAUUAAAGUUAAUUGUAAUAAUAUUACAUCUUUGCAAUAUUUAAGUAAGAGAGAGGCUAUUGGUUAUACUUGUUGGAAUGAAACAAUUGUUAAGUUCUAUGAAAUCGCAAUACAAAACUUUAAAGAGAAAUUUGGGAAUGAUAAUUUUAAUUUAAAGCCAAUAAAAGUGUAUGGUAAAGAUAAAGAACAAAUAUAUACAUCAGGUAAUAGAAAAUUGGUUGUAAAUACAAAUGGCAAAUGCCCCUCGUGUUUUUCAACAGUUUCCCUGUAUGAUGACACCAAAAAACAACUAAAAACAUGGAAUUACACCAACACCUACAUAAUGAAACCUGAAACAUUCUCAUUUAAGUCAUCAGAAUCAAAUUUCAAGUCUCUUCAAGGGCACGUCAAUGGUUUUAUAUUAAAACUGUGGCAUUGGACUGACAAAACUGCUAUCAAAAAAAUCAGAAAACACAAAAGAAGUCUGCCAUUCUAUAAUGAAACCUCAUUAGUAUAUAAAAUAACAGAAAAAGUAAUGUUAAUUACAUUCAAUGACACCGAUAUCCAUACAAUUAAUGCCAGUAUGUUUGAUAUUACUCAAAUAUGUUUUAAAUAUGGUGAUCAAAGUGAAUGUCAGCCUGAUCAUAGAAAUCAGGAAGAAUCCCUAUUAAUUGCAGACUUGGACAGAGAUGAAAGUCAGGAGCUAAUUAACUAUUACAGUACUUUCACAAAAAGAAAUGAAGACAAUUCCUGGUACUUAACAUCCUAUCUCAAAGUAUUCAGACUUGAAAGUGAGCUACCCAAAUUGUAUAAACAAAAUUAGUUUCCCUCUUUAAAAAUGUCUACAGGGUGUUUUUGGCCCGAGUUCUGGAAUACAAAAAAUGUAAGCUGUCAAAGCCUUUUAGGUUUAUUCCGAUUCACCCUGUAUAUUAUAUGUAAGCACAAUCAAAAUUUUCUCCCACCUAAUUUUAAGACCACCAACACAACAUAAAUGUAUUAAUUUAAGCCAAAACUGUUUUUAUUUUUAAUGAAAUUGUUAAUAUAUUUAUUUAAUUGUUUAUUAUUGUAUAACAAAGGCCCACAAAAAAAACGAGUUGUUCAUGCAUGGCUCAGACCGUUCGUUUUUUUGUGGACCUGUGCAAUAUAUAUUAGAAAAAAAUUAAGGUUUGUUUGGGUCCAAAUUCUAAAUUAAAAAAACUCAAAACUAUUAUAAAUAUAUUUACCCAUAGGUUUGUUUCUACCGAGCAAUUAGACUCAUAGCAUUGAUGAACUUCUUCACUCAACGCUCAUAGACUGUCAAAUAAACGUCAGGAACAUGCGUAAUACGAAAAUAUGGUCGCAAUUUUACUAUUGCGCAUGUCCAUGACGUCCAUUUCUAAUGUUCUCUCUAUUUAAUAUUUAAUUAACUUGUAUAAAUUAAACUGCAUAUUAUGUGUAUGGAAAGUUAUAUGUGUUUAAUAAUAAAGUACUCUGCUAGUCAAUUUUAUCUAUUUUAUAUGUUACCCUGAUUCGAAAACUAAAAAUACCAUUGGCAACGUUGCGUACGUUUUAAGUACCGUUGUAAAUUUGAACUACCGCAUCAUUUUAACCAUAGAAAUAAUACUAGUAUUAUAUCUAUGAUUUUAACAAUGGGAUAGGGACAUAGAAAAAGGAUAGGGAGUUCGAUUUUAUCCUUCAUCGUGUGUACAUCGCUCCAUGAAAAAGUCUGAAAAUAGUUGACUUUGACCCAGGAAGGAUAAAAUGGGGUUCCCGGUAUAGAAAUAUACCUGUAUUUCUCGACAAUAUCGCAAGCUUUGUCCUUUCAGCGAGGAAUUUUGUGAUUUGUGCAAUUGAUGUAGUGGAUGUUUCAAGAUUUGAAAUUCCACAUGUCCGUGAGUGGAUGUCUUCGAGAAGCUCAAGGACGUUAAAACUUGUAACUGGGCAGUAAGAGCCUAAUUGGCUCAAGUCCAAUUCUCUCGAAAGAGAGAAUAACAAUUAUUGAAGAAGAAGAAGAACAAUGGGAUAAUCCCAUUGGGAUUACCACCACAGCUGAAACACCACCACAGAUUAUAAAGGUUACCACCAAUCUAAAGUGGAGUGGAGAUAAAUAAUUUAUAGUUAAUAAUUGAUAAGAUACGCUUGAAGAAUAAGAUAAGUAAAUUUUGUAGUGUUUUUCGGGGAUUCCCCAUUCAUUAAAAAUAACGUCAAUUCGACACGAUUUCGUUCAUUUCAAAAUUUUAUCGCGUUGGUUGAAGUUGUAUUCGCACCUUAUCGUCAAAACUGUUGCAUAAAAAUGGGUAAAAGCAAGAACAAAAACAAUUCUAAUAAACAAGCUGCCCCUGUGGGAGAGACAAAUAAAAAAAUCGGACAAGGAAAAAGUACAAAUAAGCAGAAUGAGAUUACAAAAAGUGUUGAAGAGAUUAAAAUUUGUGAAAAUAUUGCACAGACAACCCAGCCUGUGGAAGAGGGACAAAUGAGAGAUGAUGAAGAAAAUCAAAUAAGUAAAGUAAAAACCAUAGAAAACAAACAAAUUGCACAAGUUAAUAAAAGACUUGUACAGAAUGAAGAAAAAUGUGGCAUCCAUGGAUUGUGGUCUUAUCCAUGGCUCAGUCCAGUUUUGUGGACCUAUAAUAUAAUAAAAAACAUUUUUAAGCAUUUUACCGCGUUGGUUGAAGUCGUAUUUGCACCGUAUCGUCAAAACUCUUGCAUAAAAAUGGGUAAAAACAAGAACAAAAGCAAUUCUAAAAAACAACAGAACCAAGCUGCUCCUGUGGGUGAAAAAACUAACAAAAUCGGGCAAGGAACAAGUAAAAAUAAGCAGAAGUCACCAAAUACAACAAAUGAAAGUAUGAACAUCAGCACAGAUGUUAAAAGUGAGGUUAGUUUAGGUGUUGAAGGAAUUAAAAUUUGUGACAAUAAUGCACAGACAGCCAAAGAAAAGUCUGUGGACAGAGGAACAAUGGGAGACAUGGAAGACAUAGAAAACGAAGAAAUUGCACAAGUCAAUGAAAAAGUUGUCCAAGAUGAAGAAAAAUGUGCCAAAAGUGAAGAUACACCUACCCAAUUAGAAAAAAACAGCAUUAAAAUGGAUAAAAGCAAGAACAAAAGCAAUUAUAAUAAAGAACAGACCCAAGCUGCUUCCAUGGGUGAAACAAAUAAAAAAUCUGCACCAGGAAAAGGUAAAAAUAAACAUGGUAAGAAUGAGGUUACAAAAAGUGAGAAAUCACCAAAUACAACAAAUGAGAGUAUGGAAAUCAGCACAGAUGUAAAAGGUUUGGGUGUUGAAGAGAUACAAAUUUGUGAAAAUAAUGCACAGACAACCAAAGAGAAGUCUGUGAAAGGAGACGUUAAAGAAAAUCAAAUAAGUAAAGUAAAAACCAUAGAAAACAAAGAAAUUGCACAAGUCAAUGAAAAAGUGGUACAGAAUGAAGAAAAAUAUGUCAAAAGUAAAAAAAAACCUACACAAUUAGAAAAAAACAGUAGUAAAAACUCAGAAAACAAAAUACCUAAACAGUCUAGCAAAAUCGGAAAACAAAACGACAUUAAAAUGCAAGAAAAUACUCCCAAAAUACCACAAAUUGACAAUUCCAAAGAAGAAAUUAUGGAAAAUAAUGAUGAAUCAUGGGAGGAACAACAUGAUAUUGGUAAAUUUGAUAAUCUAAGUUUAAAAUCUAAAGAGGAGGACAAAGAUGCUCAACAAAGCACAUAUUUCAGUAGAUUAAAUCCUAAUGCAUCAGAAUGGCCAUCGAGUCCUGAAACAAGUUACAAAACUGAAUUUCACAAAGAUAACAAGGAAUACAAAAAGAAGAGUAGCGACGAUGGUAACUGGCGAAACAAAAAAGCAGGUUAUAACCAACAGAGGUCACCUUUUGAGUCAAAAGGUAAACCAGCUUGGUUACAAGAAAUUGGACUAAAAAGUGAGAAUACUGAGAGGAUCGAUGAUGAAUACAAAGAGUUUGAAGGGGCUUUUAAUAAAGUUAAAAGGGAUUUGCCUAACUACGAGUAUAAGAAAAUUGUUGAGCAACAAGCUGAUUUGUUUGCAAUGGGAAAAGAUUACUCUCUGGCGCAUUGUGUGGCUGAAGAUAUGGGAAUGGGCAGUGGAAUUGCUGUGCAGUUUAGACGCGAUUUUAAGAGAGUUGAUGAACUUCUAAGCCAAAAAGCAAGGCAAGGUGAAAUGGCUCUUCUAGAAGUAGAUGGUAGAUUCAUCUACUAUCUGGUUACAAAAAGAGAAUCUUCAGGGAAGCCAACCUACGAAAAAUUCUUUUCGUCUCUGAAAAAUUGGAGGAACCAUGUUCAACAACACAAUAUAAAAAAAUUGGCAAUACCUAGAAUAGGUUGUGGUUUGGACAGACUGGAGUGGGACAAAGUAAAAUUUAUGAUGGAAUUUUUAUUUAGAGACGUGGAUACCGAAAUUGUCGUCUGUAAUUUUCAACAAGCUGAAGACAGCACCCCUCCCAGGGUGUCCAACUGCAAAGUAGUAAACGUGGAUUACUCGAUAUCCGCAAUCGAAACAGGCACCAUAAUUCUCUACUGGGCCUCGGAAGACGGCCACGUGACAGACGUGAUCGCAGACCUGGACAAAAAGUUCAACAUACGGACCGACUACAAGUCGGCGAGAUGCGCUUUAGGCGAGGUCAUACGUCACGACAAAUCGCGUCAAGGUUACCUGAUCUACGGAUGCGUGGUCCGCAAAUGCUUCAAGGACGAGCUGGACUUUGCGGCGUUGCAAAGUUGCGUGAAAAACGUGCAGAAGGCGAACCGCAAGGAUUAUUACGAGUACGUCGGCGUGCAAGCUGUCAAGGAUAAGGAUCCCUUGAUGAACAAAAAGAUUGUCAAUAUUUUGAGAAAUUCGCUCACCAAAGUUGAUGUUUACGUUUGUUGGCCAGGGGAUUUAAAGAAUGAUAUGCCUCCGACUAGAUGAUUUUUCUUAAUUGCAUUUUUUGGGUUUUAAUUGUAUAACCCAAUACGCUAAGCUAGUAUCGGUAGCGCCAUCUGUUGAGGGAAGUUAUUAUCAUUAUUUGAGUCGUUUAGAAUCAAAAGCGAAAUAAAGUUAAAGUUAAAAUAAAUCCUUCAAACAGUGUUUUACUUAUAUUUACAAAAUAUUAAAUUUUAAAAAUAUUAUUUUUCAAUAAACAAAAUUAAUUCAGUGCAAAUUUUUUUGGUAUCUUUCACGAUUUUACAAAAGAGUAGUUACAUUAGAACAUGAAAGUUUUGUAAACUUGUUGAUUUUGAAUAUUUUAGUUUUUUUGUUUGCAGAUUUGGAAUAGUUUUGUUAUUUGGAUACUGUUUUUUUCAAGGUUUUUUAAAACCAGUUCAUUUUCCAUUUUAUAAAAUUUGUAUUGUUCUUUUUUAAUAUUCAAAAAUAGUAAACGGUAAAAAGAAUUUUUGAUGAAAGUUUUUUGGUAAUUAUUUCACGAUUUUGUGGACAAUAACAAUUUUACAGAAAUAUAAGUCAAUUUAAAAAAAUACAUUAUACCUACAAGGUGACCCCGAAAUGCCUGUACAAAAUAAUGUGAUUUAACUUAAUUUACUUUUAUUAAAAAACAUUUUUGCCCAAAAUUGAUUUUUUUUUAGGCCGAAAAAAUUAAAUUUAUUAAAAAACUUAAUGUAGGUUGUAGAGGGCGUAAUAAGUAAUAAAAAUAUUACUUUUUUAUCUUUAUUUCCCAAAAAAGGUAAACCUUGUAAAUGUCAUUCGAAUGGACCAAGUAACCAUUUUCGAGAUGUGCGUUUAAAUUUUUUUAAAACAAUGACAAAGUUGUACCAACUAAAUUUGAAGCGUCUCUUAAUGUAUAAAAACCCCCUAAAAUUAAAUUUUGUGCAAACACGUUUGUUUUUUCCAAAGUUAUUAAUAAAAUCGAAAAUGAACUUUCAACUUUGACACCCUUUAUAUUGGUUAUUAUCAACCUUAAAUUUAGUUUUAUAUCACAUUAUUUUGAUCUCAGGAAUAUGUGGUAUCAAUUUGUACAGGUAUAACAGGGACAAAAAUUGGCUUUUGUAUUUUUCUCCAAAUUAUUUUUGUCACAUAUUCGUUUUGAUUCUACACGACCCAUAGAAACCCCUAAAAAUCCAUAAAAUAAUGCAAAGAUACUCUUUCAGAAAAUUCUCUAUUAAUACAAAACAAAGUAAGUUUUUUGUGGAUUUAUUCUGGUUUUAUCAUUUUUUAAGCUUGAUUCUCCCACCAGACAGUGACAUUACAGAUACUUGCUUUGCACAUGUUUUGUGCAUAAAUUUGAGAAAGGUCAAUAAUAUUUAUAUUUCAUUAAUUUCAAUCUAAAUACAGUUUAAGUUGUUAAACUAAACUUUUUAUAAGUUUAAUAUUGACCCUUACUGAAAACGAAUAUUUAGGCCAUAACGGCCAUUUCAAGCGUACGGACGGGACAAAUAACAAAACUGUUUAAAAAAAAAAUUGUAGGUAACUUAUUAUAUAUUAUAUUUGCAUCAAAAUUGUCAAAUAUAUUCUUCUUUUAUUAGGCUAAAUAAUAAUAAAAAAAACGCAACAUAUAUUUUAUAAAAGUAGGGAUAAUUUUAAUUAAUAGGUGUGGAUGGGACAACAUAAAUCUUUUUUUGUCCAAUCCUCACCUUUCAAUUAUUAAAAUUAUCUUUACUUUUAUAGAAUAUUUCUUGCGUUUUUUUUUAAAUUUAAUGUAUAGCCUAAUAAAAGAAGAAUAUUUUGGACAUUUUGAUUCCAAAAUAUUAUAUAUUAUAUAAUAAAUUAUCUACAAUCUAAUUUAAAAACAGUUUUGUAAUUCGUGCGUUUCGCGCGCUUGAAAUGGCCGAUAAGUCACUUUUUGCUUUUAUUAUUUUUUUAGUAUAAUAUUAUAUAUUAUGUAUGUAAUUAUUUAAUUUAAUUUUAAAAAAUUAAUUACAUACACACCCUAUUUAAUAUAUGUUUAUAUAUUAAAGGUAUUGAUAAUAUCACAUUUAUUUUAUUGAAUAUCCGCUUUUUUCGAAAUUAAUUUACAAAGUGUCCAUAGAAUUUAUAAAUUUAGGAGCAGAUUAAGCAAGUCAAAAUAAGACGAAAAUCUAAAUAAUUAUUUUUCCUAAUUACAUAUGCUUCCACGAUACAGGGUGAUAAAGUGUUACUUAUCCUAUGAGUUUUUUUAAUAAACUUCUACUAUAUCUUGGAAACAUACCUAAGUAAUUAGGAAAAAUAUUUAUUUAGUUUUAAUUUUGUUUUAAUUUGCUCAAUCUUUUCCCAAAUGUAUGCCAAUAAGUUUAGGGACACCUUGUAUACAAAAGGAAAAAAAAUGGUUAACUGCUCUGAAAGUUAAAAAACAUUUUGGUUAUAAAUUUUUGACUAAAUGUAAUUAAAAAAGGUCAAUAAUUUAGGGGCGAUUUUAUCAUAAAAAAAAUAAAACUGAAAUAGCAAUUAUCUCUGAAACUAUAACAUUUUUUGUAGACAAAUAAAUUUAAAAAAUCAUUAAAAAAAUCUUUUUUACUUUCAAUUUUAAGUGCCUUUGGUGAGAAUAGGAUGGCAACCAAAAAUGUUGUCCCUUUGCACAUUUUUUUCAACUCAAAGAUUAAUAUUUACCAA